AUCAAUAAUGACCGGAGGUUUUGAAAAAGCAUGUCACCGAUGCAUCUCAAAAAUUGCCAGCAAUGCUUGCUUUAUUUUUGGACUCCUCGCUUUCCUAGCAUUACCACUAUCUAUGGCUUUUACAGGCAUGAAAUUUUUAAACAGCUGUCCAGUCCAGCCACUCAUUCCCUUGUAUCUUCUUGUGGGUGGUGUAGUUGGCACUUUGAAGGUUGCCCUUCUGCUUUUCGAUUCCACCAGGAUGAGGCAGCUGCUUUCCAAAUCAGUCAUGAUUGACGAUGAUGACGACGACGAAUUUCCAUGGAGGCAGAACGCUCACCGAUAUUAUAUUCACCUCACUCUCAGCCUCUUCCUCUUCCUCUGGUUCAUCCUGGGGAACUACUGGGUGUUUUCAGUGUACUUGCCCAAUUUCAUACCACCUUUCCAUCAUCCCCAGGAUUACUGUGAUAAAGUACUGUAUGUCUUUGCCAUUGGUGUGCUUGUCAUUAGCCACACUGUGUUGGUUUUGCUGAUCUUCUGUACCUGCGGUGUAUAUUUCUGCUCCAGGAAACCGCAUGUGGCAGAGGAUGAUUAAAAGUUGCACAGAUGGGACCACAAAACAAUUAGAAAAGUGGGUUUGAACGGCUUGGGAUUUGCUGGUUGUGUGUUCUGGGCAUCCUCAUACUGCAUAUAACUAGCAGAUUCCAUUUGUGGAGGUUUUGAUUGUGAGAUCUGUUUCACAUACUUAUGAUGCCGAAUUCCUCCAUGGAGGAAUGGAGGAAAAUGUAUUUAUUUGACAGCUGUAAGUCUCCAAAUGUGUUCAAGCAACUU